AGGAAAGAAAAGCGCGACCAAACUCAGGAGGGUUUUUUCUUUGGUAAGCUAAAACUAGGGAUUGGAGCAAGGAGGAGGAGUACGGUGAUAUGUGGCGUGGCGGUCUGAGUGGUGGAAAUGGGGUGGCAACUGUAUUUCUCAGGCAUUUCUCGCGGAAAAGGGCACCAAAUCUUAGGAAGAUCAACCCGAAGGUACCACCCCAAGAAGCUGCUACUAUUGCCGAAUCUCUUUACAAUCUUAUCCAGCAGCACGGUCCCCUCACCCACCCCAAUACUUGGAACCGAGCCAAGGAGGCUAACAUUAGUGGAUUAAACAGCAAAACACACAUGAAGCUAAUGCUCAAAUGGAUGAGGGGUCGAAAUAUGCUCAAGCAGUUCUGCCACCAUGUUGGUUCUAGCAAGAAAUUCAUGCUUUCUGCCCUACCUGAAGAAACACAGAUCAACCAGGCAAACAACUCACUGGAAGUCAAGAUUAUGAUGGAAAAGCCUCCAAUCAAAGGUAAAAGACUCCCAUAACUAUGUUUUCCCUGCAAUAUUCGGAGAAAGUCAAGAGGAAUAUAUGAUGCUUCCACCGUGAAGAAAUUUCAAGCUUGUGGUCUCCUUCGAGUCAGGCUUGAUGAGACUGUUGUAAUGAGACCUUAUGCUACGGGGGUAUCACCCAUGGGUUCGAUUAAUCUUUCUUAGUUGUUGGAUGUAGUGUUAUUUAAUCAAAUCCAUGUAGCAGGUAAGAUCUUGACUUUUUGGUUCCGCAUCAUGACGCUUUCUUGGUUA